AUGAUUGUUCAGGUGGUUGUAUUCUUCGUGGUUGAGCAUUGGAUCACCGCACACACCUUGUACGUUCCGCCUGGCCCAACGGAAUACCAGCAGAUGCGGGAAGCCAUCGUGAAAGCAGAACUCAGUUACGGUCUCGGAGGGAAGGUUUUUCUUAACCCAAGUGAAUUGCUGGCUGAUCAUGUCCUGCAGGAGAUGAAAAAGAACGAACUUCAAUCACCACCCGGUCAGCUGGCGGUAGGAAUGCCAUUUUUCCAGGCAAAACCACUCAUAGAAGUUAGCAACGUGUUUAAGGCGUUGAAGGUGAUGCCGAAAGGAGCAGUGCUGCAUUUGCACAACACUGCCGCCGUAUCGUCCACUUGGGUCAUCCGCAAUUUAACGUACCGUCCCGAAGCGCGACUCUGUUCCAUCGAUGAGCGCCACUACUUUACCGUAAGACCACUAUCCCACUGUCCGGUGAAUCAAACUCGCAACAUAAACGAUAUGCGUAAAGAAUGGAAGGACGGCGAUGCGAGCUUUGAUCGCUGGCUCGAAGCCAUUAUCAACAUGAAGCUGAAACCAAGUGCGGUCCUGCGCCAUCAAGGAUCGGCCUCGAUCGAUGACCUGUGGCGAGACUUUGAAACUUGUUUCGAUGCGAUGAAGGGUUUUCUGCAGUACAAACCCUUUUUCGAAGCGUACCAUCAACAACUACUGCACGAGUUUUUCCAAGACAAUGUGCUCUACAUAGAGCUGCGCGUGUCCCUUUUUCGGCUGUUUGACGCCAAUGGAAAGGAGUAUGAGCCCGUGGAAGUUGCGUACCUGCUGCACCGGAUCGUGGCUGAGUUUCGAAACCAGAACCCUACGUUUCAGGGAGUGAAGCUUAUCUUGGCAAAGCAUAAAAGCAUGAACGAUGACGAGCUGAACAGUUCACUCAAGGUGUACGAUAGUUUAAGAAGUACCAUGCCAGGAUUUGUCGUCGGUUUCGAUCUCGUCGGUCAGGAGGACGCCAAUCGAUCGUUGAAGACGUUUGCCGCUGCCCUGUUACGACCACCUCUUCCUAGAUAUUUUUUUCAUGCUGGUGAAACAGUUGGAUACUACACCGAAGCAGACCAAAAUCUAAUCGAUGCGAUUUUGCUCGACACCAGACGCAUCGGGCACGGCUACUCGCUGUUGAAGCAUCCCAUUCUGUGGCACGCAGUUCGCCGGAAGCAGAUCGUGCUCGAGGUUUGCCCUAUCUCAAAUCAGGUGCUCGGACUAGUGAACGACCUACGGAACCACCCUGCCGGGUUUUAUGUGGCACAAAACAUACCGAUCACGAUCGCACCCGACGACCCCGGAUUUUGGGAUGCGGCAGGCGUUAGCUACGACUAUUACUUCGCUUUCAUGGCCAUAGCUCCGUCAACCGGGUUGGGCUUUUUGAAACAGCUCGUCUGGGAUUCUAUCAAGUAUAGUGCCAUUAGCGACGGGGAGCGUCAGAAUAUCACCCAAACUUUGGAGAAACAAUGGGACGUAUUCGUGCGCGGAAUUGGCAAGGAAUACGGUCACUAG